AUGCAAUGUACUAUUAAAGAUUUGUCGUUUAGGUUGUGUUCCCUCGAACAGAGCAUGCGUGAAAGCAACCUGGAGAUUAAUGGUAUCCCAGAGCACAAGUCUGAAAAUCUAGUUAAUACGGUUUUGCAAUUAGGCAAUGUGAUAGAUCAUCCUAUCAAUGAAGAGGAUAUUCUGAAAGCAACACGUGUUAUGAAGUUUAACAAAGAGAGUGACAGACCUCGAAGCGUUAUUGUUAAACUGAAGAGUCCACUAUGUCGAGAUUCUGUAAUAGCAGCAGUUACAAAGUUUAAUAAAAAGAACGCAAAAGACAAGUUAAGCUCACAUCACUUGGGUAUUAGCGGUGCUCGGGUACCUGUUUUCGUAGCAGAGCAUCUUAUACCAAGUAGUAAGACUUUACAUGCUGCAGCAAGAAAGAAGUCGAAAGAAUUGAAUUACAAGUUCGUGUGGGUUCGUAACGGCCGAAUUUACGUGCGUAAAGAUGAGUCCUGCAAAGCAAUACUGAUUCGAGAUAUGGAUAGCUUACAUCUUAUCACAUAA